UAUCAGGAUGAUAUCAUACACUCAUAUAUGUUUGAGCUUGAGGAUUAUGUAACAUAAGGACUUUAUGCUCAAGACAAUAUAUACACUCAAUGGGUUGAUGGCAGAAGUGUGAAUUACACCAAUUGGGCAAGAGGUGAACCAAACACAAACUGGGAGGAAUGUGUCAUAAUGAAUACAGGAUUCCAAUGGAAUGAUGUACCAUGUUCCGGGUCUUAUGCAUCCAUCUGUAAAUUCGACUCUAAUUGUGAAACGGGGUGGACAUUUGGAGCAAAUACAUCCAGUUGUUACAAAGCCUUCCAACAAUGGAAGACUUACUAUGAGGCUAGGAGAGAAUGUCUAGCUCACAAUGCUGAUCUAGUUUCUAUAGAAUCUGAUGAAGAAUUGGACUUUGUCGUUAGUCUUGUACCACAGCAUUCGUGGAUCUGGAUCGGAGCUGAAUUUGACAGUGUUGAUUAUGUGUGGAAAUGGGUUGACAAAGAGACUUCAUUUGAUCUUCAAUUUAUACCAGACUUCUCAUUUGGUAUCAUAAAUAAACAGGCUUCAAUAUCAUCUGAUGUGGCUUGGUAUAAUGGUUAUCACUUUAUAU